GAAACAAUUGUAAAAGUAAAUAAAAAAUGUUGAGGACACCAAAACCAGAAAUUUGGCAAUUGGCAUCACCAUUCACCACCCAUCCACCCAAAAAAUCACAAAUAAUAACAACAAAAUAUUCUCAUUAUCCAACCAUUCUACUCUACUCUACUUAGAUACCAGAUAGAUGCCAUUGCUCUCUUCCGCCAAGGCUUUCCUCCUCUUUCCCCGAAUGUCACACUCCGCCACCAAAACGCGCCUCAGAGGUGUCGUUUUCGACAUGGACGGCACACUCACCGUCCCCGUCAUCGAUUUCAUCUCCAUGUACAAAGCCGUCCUCGGCGACGACGAGUAUCACCGCAUCAAAGCCUCAAACCCCGCCGGAAUCGACAUCCUGAACCUCAUCGGCGACUGGCCUUCGCAUCAGCAACGCCAAGCCUAUGAUACCAUCGCCCGUUUCGAACAAGACGCUCUGGAUAAGCUCCAAAUCAUGCCCGGUGCUGCUGAACUUUGUAACGUUCUUGAUUCGAAGAGAAUGAGAAGGGGAUUGAUCACGCGGAAUAUGAAGUCUGCUGUUGAUUUGUUCCACCAACGGUUUGGGAUUACAUUUUCUCCAGCAUUAAGCAGGGAGUUUCGGCCUUUUAAACCCGAUCCAGCUCCAUUACUGCAUAUUUGUUCUCUUUGGGAUGUUCAACCUAAUGAAGUAAUAAUGGUUGGGGAUAGCCUUAAAGAUGAUGUGGUUUGUGGAGGGCGAGCAGGAGCACACACGUGUUUGCUUGAUCAAACUGGAAAAUAUGAUUCUCCCGAGUUUGCUAAUUUUGAUUUCAAACCAGAUUUUAAGGUAACUUCUCUUGCUGAAGUUUACUCGAUUCUGGAGAGAAACUUUGAGUUGUCACCAUGAUGCCGAGUAUUGUACGCAGCAUUCACUUUGUGGUUUGUUAUAUAAGAUUCUGGAGGAGGUGACAUAUACAUUUGGGGGUAGUUUUAUUCCUCAUCUCAUGUAAGGUCAUGAAAAAAAAUCUGAGAAAAUUUUUAGUUGGAGCAUUUCAUAGGUGAGAUUUUUUAUAAUAUUGUUGUAAUAUAUCUUGGACAGUUAGUGCCAAGUUUCAUAGACUUCUUAAGAAGGGCAUCAAUGCCACAAAAUUGUGGCAACUUCCCAAAAUUAAUGUCUUCUGAAUUGUAAGUGAUGCUAGUAGAGAAGAAAUUGAUUCUCAUCGCAAUUUGAUCUA